CAGCCUUCUCCCUCCCCUUCAAAUUUGAAUAAUAUCAGCUCUUCACACACCACAACCAAUACAUCAAAUACCAUAUCAUCAUGGCAACUCCCACUCAUGCUCUCUCGGUCAACAUCUACGGCCGCGGCGAUGCCACGCUCGGCGAUGGCCCGUCACACAUGGGCAUCGCCGUGUACGAGAUCGGGGCCCGCACUUGCGAAAUGCACCACAUCCGCAACCCCAGCGACACAGACUUCAUCUACGACCCGCGCACCCAGCCACUACAGAACGACCCUGUACUCCGGGGCCGAUGCAAACUCAUCAACUUCACAUCUGUCCAACAAAAGGACCACGCAGCUCGUCUUCUAUCAAACUUCGGCCGGAAUGACGCCAACAUCCCCGAAUUCGGGGUUGGCAAUUGCCAAGAUUGGGUAGCGAAGGCCAUUCAGAUGUUAGAAACAGCAGGCGUGCUGCCAUCCGGAGAAGGACUGUUCUGGGAAGAGAUGAUCAAUCUAAGUGCCGAGGCUAUGCAGGAUCGGUGUGUGCAGAGUGGGAGGACGUGGAUUCCGGGCCCGGAGCAGGUGUUCGAGGGCGAAGCUGAUGCUCGGUUUGCGGAUAAGGGCGAUGUGAAGCCUGUGGGGAGGUUGAUGCAGAACUCUGCGUUGAGGGAACGCAUGUUGGCUCUUGAGGGGGGUAUUCCUGCCGGUGGUUCUGUGGGUGUGGAUAAGGGGUUGUCUGGGGAGAGGCCGUUUUAUGUGUCGAGUCCUUUCUUUAGCCGUACGCGUGAGGUCCCUGGAUGUGAUGGUGAGGGUGCGUCUUCUUCUGCUGGUGCUGCUGAGAGAGACAACCCUUCUGCAGAUUGACCUAUGUGAGAUUAUAGAUAGUUAUGCGGAGUUCUGAUUAAUUGUAUACUCUUUCAGCCGAUUACUAUGAAUUUGUCUCCUGGCGAAGCUUCCGUAUUCUU